AUGGUGAUGGAGAAGUUUAUGAAAAAGUUCAAUAGUGUUGGUGGCAAUCAAACAAAUACUAACUAUCCAGGUGUAACUAAUCAAACUUCAAGCUCUGGCUACGGCAAAAGAAAAGUUAUAAACUCUCCACAUGCAAAUAUUUCUUCGUCCAAUGUUCACGCGUCUUCCUUGUCUUCUGUUACAAACGGAGCAACUUUUGGUGGAAUAUCUUCUACCUUUGGUGUGGCCCUAGAUGAAGUAAUCUACCGAGAUCAAACAGAAGUCCCACGGAUAGUUACUCAAUUAUGCAACUUCAUCCUAAAAUUUGGCGGCCUUGAGGCUGAAGGAAUUUUUCGAGUAAACGGCAAUGCUCGCCUAGUUGAAAAUCUGCGCGCUUCAGUAGAUGAUUCUGGUGUAAAUGGUGUAGAUCGAGGUGUUGCAAGCAUCGAUGCAGAUUUGGAAAGGUGCGGAGACGUUUAUUCUGGAGCAAGCCUUCUUAAGCUUUACUUGAGAGAGUUGCCUGGCGGACUUGUCCCUGCUCAUAUAACAUCCAGGUUUAUUAAGGUAAUCAAUGCUUUAAUUUUUUGCACUUUAUCUCGUUAUGCACUCGAUGAACACCAAAUUUCAUGA